UCUGCAGCUGCCUCUUCCGGGGUGGGGGGCAGUUCCUGAGCCUGGGGGCCGCCGAGGCGCUGAUGUCCCCCUUUAAUUCGCUCACUCCUGUGGUCUCCACUCCUCUCCGGCGCUAAGCCUGGGCAGUUCCCACCCCGGAAUCGGGUGUCCUGGGGACACGCGCUGGCCAGGUUCCCUCUGAGUCCUCGCUGCGGGCUCUCCUGCCAGGCCCUCCGCGCCUAGGUGCGCCCGCCCGCCCGCGCCUUCUGCUCCAGUUGCCGCCCGGCCGAACGGAAAGGCCAGCGGCGCAGCGGGCUUGGGAAGCGGGGUGCUCGGCCUCUCCCGCGCUCCCCUGCAGACCCAGCCAGACGGAAGCCCGCUCUGAUGUCUCUCCAGGAAUGGGGUCCCAGAGGCAGCUCUGAGGGGCACCAUCGAGGACUCCGCCCCGCGUGGAGCUUUCCGCUUGACACUGGAGCCAACGGGGCGGGAGUUCUCCCUGCUUCUCAUUCUGCAACUGCAGGAGUUCCCUCUUAGCCACAUUUUCGUGACACUGGGUUCCCUAGGAGCGGCCCCAGGCUUAAUAAUUGUCCAGAAGGCAGCUAUAAAGGGAGCCUAGGAGGCUGAGUGGCGGAGGGAACAGAAAAACCAACUCAGCAGAUCUGGGCACUGAGAGAGCCAAAAGCAGGAGCUUAGUCAGAGGCUGUGCGUUCUGCCUGGUAGGACCUACUCUUCUACCAUGGCGGGCCAAGGCUAUGGCUAUUAUCGAACUGUGAUCUUCUCAGCCAUGUUUGGGGGCUAUAGUCUGUACUACUUCAACCGCAAGACCUUCUCUUUUGUCAUGCCAGCAUUGGUGGAAGAGAUCCCUUUGGACAAGGAUGAUUUGGGACUCAUCACCAGCAGCCAGUCGGCGGCCUAUGCCAUCAGCAAGUUUGUGAGCGGGGUGCUGUCCGACCAGAUGAGUGCUCGUUGGCUCUUCUCCUCUGGGUUGCUCCUGGUUGGCCUGGUCAAUGUAGUCUUUUCCUGGAGCUCCACAGUACCUGUCUUUGCUGCUCUUUGGUUCCUUAAUGGCCUGGCACAGGGGCUUGGCUGGCCCCCUUGUGGGAAGAUCCUGCGGAAGUGGUUUGAGCCAUCUCAAUUUGGCACCUGGUGGGCCAUCCUGUCAACUAGUAUGAACCUGGCUGGCGGGCUGGGCCCAAUCCUGGCCACCAUCCUUGCCCAGAGCUACAGCUGGCGCAGCACUCUGGCCCUGUCUGGGGCACUCUGUGUGGCUGUCUCCUUCCUCUGUCUCCUCCUCAUCCAUAAUGAACCUGCUGAUGUUGGACUACGCAACCUGGACCCUACCCCAUCCAAGGGCAAGAAGGGUUCCUUGAAGGACGAGAGUACCCUACAGGAGCUGCUGCUGUCACCAUACCUGUGGGUACUUUCUACAGGCUACCUUGUGGUGUUUGGAGUAAAGACUUGCUGUACAGAUUGGGGCCAGUUCUUCCUUAUCCAGGAGAGAGGGCAGUCCGCCCUCGUGGGUAGCUCCUACAUGAGUGCCCUGGAGGUAGGGGGUCUUGUGGGCAGCAUCGCAGCUGGCUACUUGUCAGACCGGGCCAUGGCAAAGGCGGGGCUAUCUGUCUAUGGGAACCCUCGCCAUGGCCUGCUGCUGUUCAUGAUGGCUGGCAUGACAGCAUCUAUGUACCUCUUCCGGGUAACAGUGACCAGUGACUCCCCCAAGGAAGUUGCUUUCUGGACUCCGGCUCUCCAUCCUCUCGCUGAGCUCACAGGCUUUACAGAACAUGAGAUCUGGAUCCUGGUGCUGGGUGCUGUGUUUGGCUUUUCCUCUUAUGGUCCCAUUGCCUUGUUUGGAGUAAUCGCCAACGAGAGUGCCCCUUCCAACUUGUGUGGCACCUCUCAUGCCAUUGUAGGACUAAUGGCCAAUGUGGGUGGCUUUCUGGCCGGGUUACCCUUCAGCACCAUCGCCAAGCACUACAGUUGGAGCACAGCCUUCUGGGUGGCGGAAGUGAUCUGUGCAGUCAGUACAGCUACUUUCUUCCUGCUUCGAAACAUCCGCACCAAGAUGGGCCGAGUGCCCAAGAAGGCCGAGUGAAAAGUGCUGGCUCUGGAGCACCCCCUCACCUGUGGCCUACCCUGCACUGAAAGGAAGGCUGCCUGGGCUAGCACUGAGCCUUCCGUAUUCCAUCUCUGUCCUUCGCCUAAGUGGCACCGGAAGUUAUCAGUGUCUCAUAAGGAUUCAGCUCCCCAUCCUGUCCUCCAUUUAAAAGACAACCUUUGUUUUUGGACUCCAUUAGCUAUUUCCUGCUUU